UCUUCUUUACAGUCCUGCGGAGUGAGUUGGCUAUUGACGGACACAAUAUGGUGCUGGUGAGGGUUAGCAGGAAUAACUUCGCGGCGGGCGCGAAUUAUUCUUGGAGUGUGAAUGUGGUGGUGGUGCUGAUGAUGGCGGCUGUGUUCAUUGACGCCGUGGCUGAUCGGGUCUCGUCAUCGACACCACCCUCGACGUCGUCGUUUCAUGAACCAACUCAUCCGUCUGUGUCAUCGACGAGAGUCGUCGGUCUGAGCACCGUGGCGGCCGAGUUGCUGAGUUCCCUGGAACCCGUGACUCUCACGACCCCUCGCCGGUGGGCCAACAGUAAAAAUGCGGACGAUGAGGACGACAGUAUGAUUAGUAAUGAAACGAAUCGUCAACAUCAUGAGCAGCAGACAUCAUUGUCGCAACACUGGGCGUUGCCUGGUGCCGAUGCUACUACUACUACUACUACUGGUGGCUUCAAUAAUGACACCUCGACCGAGUUCCCGUUCAGUUGGCUGCUCAACCCGUCCAUGUUGCUGGCUGAAGAGGAACGGGUUGAUGCUAAAACUGCCGCCCCCGGCACCACCACAACUGGCAGCAGCACAAAUGACACAGACUCUGGUGGCAGCAGCAAUAAUAACAGAAGGCCGGACGUUCCGAAGAACGCACCGAAACAGACUGCAUUGGGCUAUGCUGUCCACGUCAUCCCAAGGAUGUACACACAGUACAUAUCAGCAGGCCUGUUCCUCUUGUUUGGCCUCAAGAUGCUGUGGGAUGGGUUUCGUAUGAAGCCAGAUGAGGGCCAGGCAGAGUUGGAUGAGGUGCAGGCAGAUGUGAGAAGAAUAGAAGAAGAAGAGAAAGGUGAAGGAGGAAGCGGGGAAGAGCGGCAGCCGCAACAAGGUGGACAGGACAUGACAAUGGCAACCAUAGCAGUGGAAACAACAGGGGGAGCAUCAUCAUCAUCAUUGUCACUAGACUCACCACAACCAGCACCGGGCAGCUGGAUGACUACAACAACAACUACUCCCACCACGAGAGGGCCUAAAAGCAGGAGCAGCAACAACAAUAAUGACAACAGCAGAAAACUCUCCUCAUCCCAACAAAUCUCUAGCCAUGUUAUUGAGGAGCAACAAGCGGCAGCACCAAAACCUUGUUUGACAGAAAAAUCUGGUAACACUGACAGCAACAGUGAACAUCAAAACAGAUCCUGCAACUACUGCUGGACAAUUGCUGCCAGUCUGCGUGGGGCCAGUAAGCGUGUGAGCAGGGCUGUGCCACCUGGUUGCAGACCCUUUGUCCAGGGAUUCACCAUGACGCUGUUGGCUGAAUGGGGUGACCGGUCACAGAUCUCCACUGUUGUGCUUGCUUUGACUAAUAAUGUUUGGGGCGUUGUGACUGGAGGCACUCUGGGACAUGCUAUGUGCACUGGGGUAGCAGUCAUUGGAGGCAGGUUGCUGGCCUCUAAGAUCUCUGUCAAAACAGUGACCAUCAUUGGAGGGUUUGUGUUCCUGGUGUUUGCUGUCACUUCCCUGUUUCUCACGUCUGAUUGGAAGUUUGUGGCUCCUUGGCAAUGAUGUUGUACAUGCUGUGGACUAAGGACAAGAAGCCUUAUGUACUUGGACAAUAAGGGAGUGCAUGGAUUGGAUGGAUGGAUGGAUGGCUCAUUGUUUACUCACUCAUCACUCACUGCAGCAACACUUUUCUGACAAUUUCUACUCUUUUUGACCUCUACCCCUCCUUGUUCAUGAGUUUAACACACUUGUGACCAACUGCAUUGACCAAACAAUAUUUGCUACGAACCUUGUACUCUAUUGUCUUUGUUCUUUGGUUUCAGAUGUGCUAUAUGACAAAAGUUGGUUUUGAUGACAUGGAAGAAAUAAACCUUGGGUCAAAUAUUGCUCAUACAA